UACAAAACUUUCAACAGCCAGGAUCCAAUUACGUGUACACAUUGGAAUUUUAACACUUCUUAUUAUUGACUAAAGAGAACAAGUAAAAGUCUUGAGUUUCACUUGGCUGAAAGGGAGAUUUGAUCUUCCUCCUCCUCAAUUCUUUAAUGAUCCUUUCACCAAACUCAAACCCAUGAGUUUUUUCACAGAAACAUGUUUCAGACAAACCUUUUUCUCAGUUUCCUCUGUAAUUUCUUCAAUCUCUCAGAAACAGAGUUUCAGGUAAGUUCUUGAUCAUUUCUCUGUUGUAUUUACAGAUAUGGGUUUGAAUAAUAGAAGAUUUCUGUUUAAUCCAAUAGAUCUUUGUAAGGAUUGUUUUCUAUAUUAUUGUCCAAUUGAAUGUUAUCAUCCACCUCCAGGUUACCCAUCUUUUGAUGAAUAUGUUAGUGAUAUGCCUCCACUCCCUUCUUUCAUCUUUCCACCACCACCACCACCACCACCACCACCGCCACCACCUACUAGUCUUCUUUUAUCACCUUUUCUGAUUGCUUUGAUUGCAAUACUUGGUAGUUUCUUUCUUGUGAUGAGUUUUUACACGAUUUUACUCAUAGUCAAGUGUUGUUGGAUGAAAAAUAGAAGGAGGAGGAGGAGAAACACACCACCACAAGAUCAAAACCCAGAUGAUGAUAAUAAUAUGCUUGCAGAAUUUAUGGAUGAGAAUCACGGACCUUUAAUUGAUCAUCCAAUUUGGUAUAUUACUACUGUUGGUCUAGAACAAGCUAUUAUAAAUGCAAUUAGUGUUUGUAAAUAUAAGAAAGGGGAAGGUUUGGUUGAAGGAACUGAUUGUUCUGUGUGUUUGAGUGAAUUCGAUGAAGGCGAGACUCUUCGUCUUUUGCCAAAGUGUAGUCAUGCUUUUCAUCUUCCUUGUAUUGAUACUUGGUUAAGGAAUCAUAAGAAUUGUCCGUUAUGUCGUGCGCCGAUUGUAUCGAACCCAGCUGUGGGUGUGUCAAAUGCUAUUGUGCCGAUUCUGGAAGAGGAACUGGAUGUUGUGGAGGAAACUCGGAUUGAGAUUCCGGAGAUUGGUAGUGGAGUGGAGACGGGAGAGAGAGAGGAUAGUGUAGUUAGUGAAGCAAGGAUUGGAAUUGAAGAUGAGAUAGAGUUGCAGGAAGUGAGAAGGGAUAUAGAUUUGGUAAAGGAAGGUGAAGAUUCUGCUGUUCCCAAUUCUGAAAUUAGAGUUGUAAGUGACUUGGGUGAGAAUCAGGGGCCUCUUGAGAAUGCGAUACAGCCGGUUAGGAGGUCUGUUUCAAUGGAUUUCUCGUCAAUGUUUUGCUUCUCUAUGGGUAAUUCAUUUCGUGUGGAAUUAGAAGUGAGUCCGGAGUUGCAACCGGUUAGAAGUAAGGAUUCUGAAUUGGCAAUUGUUCCCAAGAAUAAAAGCUCGAAUCCUAGUGUUUUGGGUUUAAUUGGUAGUUCUUCGAAAGGGAGAUCAUUGCAGACCGGGCCUGUUUCCAUGAAGAGAUCUUUCUCAAGUGGUGCGAAGUUGUUUAUACCGAGAUACAACCACAACCGGAGCUCAAUUCUUCCUCUGUGAGCUUCUUACUCUUUUUCUGGCUUUAGUAUGUAAAUAAAAUAAAUUUUAUGGUGGGUUAUGUUGGUAAAAAACCGCAUUACUUGAGAUAUCUAGCAAAGGUUGGAUAUUUUUAAUACAGAUAAUCGGGGAACUCCUUGGCAUUGUGCGGUAAUUUUAAUUAGGCCAGGGGAAUGAUCAAAGAACUGCAACUUCUAAACCCGGCAAAGUAAUUAUGUAAUGUUUGUCCAAUUUCAAGUACUGGAUGAGACGUACGAAAACUUGUAAACCGUAAGACCGUUGCUGUUUUCAUUUUUUGGGUGUGUUUUGUAAGUUGUACAAGUGAAAUUCAUGCUUGUCAUCUACAUCAUAAUGUACGAGUAACAAACUUAAUGAGGUAAAGAUCCUUAUUCCGGAAACUUAUUUCUCCGCAAAUGCCUGCAUAAUAAUACCACGUUUACUAUUGUGUCUCA